CCUCAAAGUCUGUAACUUUGAAGAACGAGCAUUUCUCUCUCUCUCUCUCUCUCCAACGUCUCUGUUACUUCACAGUCGGAUCACUCUCCGAAUUCCGAUCCCUCCUCGAAUUCCGAUCCCUCCUCCGAUCUCCCGCAAUGUCCACCGCCGAACAACCCCCCGCUCAGAACGGACUUGAACUAGACCAGACAACAAAUCCGAAACCCGAAUCCGAAUCAGAACUAGUGCCAGAGCCUGAAGCUAAACCGGAGCCAGCGCCUGAACUCGAAGCUGAACCAGCACCGGCGCCGGAACCCGAAAUUAAACCGGAACCGGUGCCCGAACCCGAAGCUAAACCCGAGCCAGUGACGGAGGCCGAAGUUAGACCGGAACCCCUACCCGAACAUGAACUGGUGGUGGCCGAUGGCGCGGAUCCGAAGGUGAAUGAAGUGAUCGAAGCCUCGAUCCAAUCACACGGCCAGGGAGUUGCGCAUCCGGAGCUGAAGAAAGACGAAGGAAGCCGUACAUUCACGAUGAGGGAGCUGCUUAGUGGCUUGAAAAAUGACCAAUCAAACGAGGUCGCUAAUGAUUCCAGCUCCCCUUACAGUUACAGUGAAGAAAGCCCACAAGAGCAACACUCAGAGCAGAACAUUGCUGCAAUGGAGUUGAUCAACAGUGUCACUGGUACCGAUGAUGACGGUCGGUCUCGCCAACGGGUUCUUACUUUUGCUGCCAAGAGGUAUGCUAGUGCAAUAGAAAGAAACCCACAUGAUUAUGAUGCACUUUACAAUUGGGCGCUGGUUCUUCAGGAAAGUGCAGAUAAUGUUAGUCCAGAUUCUACUAAUCCUUCUAAAGAUGCUUUGCUUGAGGAGGCUUGCAGAAAGUAUGAUGAGGCUACCCGUCUGUGCCCAACACUUCAUGAUGCUUUCUAUAAUUGGGCUAUUGCUAUCUCUGAUCGGGCAAAAAUGCGUGGUCGUACAAAGGAAGCUGAAGAACUAUGGAAGCAGGCUACAAAAAAUUACGAAAAAGCAGUGCUGCUCAACUGGAACAGUCCCCAGGCACUUAACAAUUGGGGACUUGCUCUGCAGGAACUCAGCGCGAUUGUUCCUGCACGGGAAAAGCAAACAAUUGUAAGAUCUGCAAUAAGUAAGUUCCGUGCAGCUAUUCAGUUGCAGUUUGAUUUCCAUCGAGCAAUUUACAAUCUUGGAACCGUAUUGUACGGAUUGGCUGAGGACACACUAAGAACUGGGGGAUCUGGACACCCCAAAGAAGUUUCACCUAAUGAGUUGUAUAGUCAAUCGGCUAUCUACAUUGCAGCUGCUCAUGCUUUGAAACCAAAUUACAAUGUUUACAGUAGUGCCUUGCGGCUCGUGCGAUCCAUGCUUCCUUUACCAUAUCUUAAAGUUGGAUAUCUUACUGCACCACCAGCGGGAAAACCAAUUGCACCUCAUAGUGAUUGGAAACGAUCGGAGUUUGUUUUGAAUAAUGAAGGGCUUCAACAGCAGGUUAGCAAAAAUGAGCAAAAGCAUGUACCCCAAGGCAUCUCAAGUAGAUCAGUGGAAGCAGCUAUAAAAGUUGACGUUCCCGAUAUCGUUUCUGUUUCAGCAUGUGGUGAUCUGACUUUACCACCUGGUGCUGGCCUCUGCAUCAAUACAAUUCACGGACCCAUCUAUCUGGUUGCCGAUUCGUGGGAAUCCCUUGAUGGAUGGCUUGAUGCAAUCCGUCUAGUUUACACUAUCUAUGCGCGGGGUAAGAGUGAUGUUCUGGCAGGUAUUGUAACAGGCUGAUUUAAUGUAUCGUCAGUUCCUUAUUUUGUUUCGAGUGAUGUAUAAUUUUCCGAUCGAGAAUGACUUGUUCGAAUAAACUCUGUAUAUCAUAAAUUUUUUUGACACGAUCAAAUACAAAUUUUCUCUGCAUAGUCAGAUUAUUUUCA